CACUGGUGGUGCAUGGAAGUGUUGUCGAGUCUGGCCGUGAGGACCUCCCUGUGUUAGUAUAGACUCAUGGAGAGCUCAACGGAGGUGGCUGCUGGCGGGGUCGUCCCCCUACAGGGCACCAAGCUUGGAUGGCCCGAUGUCGUCGUCAUUGUCAUCUACUUCGUCGUGGUCUUGGGCGUGGGACUGUUUUCAUCAUGGAAGAGUCAGCGUGGCAGCGUGUCCGGGUACUUCCUCGCCUCUCGCAACAUGCAUUGGAUCCCUGUGGGAGCGUCUCUGUUCGCCAGCAACAUCGGGUCGGGUCACUUCAUAGGCCUGGCUGGGUCCGGGGCCGCGGCUGGGAUUGGUGUGGCGGGCUUCGAGCAGAGCGCCGUGUACAUCCUGAUGCUGCUGGGGUGGCUGUUCGUGCCUGUGUACAUGAGCUCCGGGGUGUACACCAUGCCCGAGUACCUGAGAGAGAGGUUCGGCGGACAGCGGAUCAGGGUCUACCUCUCCUUCCUGGCGCUCCUCCUCUACAUCUUCACCAAGAUCUCCGCGGACCUAUACGCCGGAGCUUUGUUCAUCCAGCUGGCGCUGAACAAGACGUCCCCAGAGUGGCUGUACCUGAGCAUCCUCUUCCUGCUGGCCGUGGUCGCCAUCUUCACCAUCUCCGGGGGUCUCACCGCCGUGGUCUGGACCGACUUCGUCCAGACCAUUCUCAUGAUCGUCGGGGCCUUCAUCCUCAUGGUCAUGUCAUUUAUUGCUGUGGGAGGGUUCGAGUCCCUGGUGGAGCGCUUUGCCUACGCCACGGCCAGCGUGCGGGCGGUGGACGCAAGCAACAAGUCCUGCGGGGAGCCGCCUAGUGAUUAUAUGCACCUCCGGACCAUUGAGCCGGGCAAGAGUGACUACCCCUGGACGGGUAUGGUCUUUGGUCUUACUAUCAACUCCAUCUGGUACUGGUGUACUGAUCAGGUUAUCGUGCAGCGCACACUAGCGAGCAAGAACAUGAGCCACGCCAAGGCGGGAUGUAUCCUGGCCGCCUACCUCAAGUUCCUGCCGCUGUGGCUCCUGGUGUUCCCCGGGAUGGCCGCCAGGGUGCUCUACCCGGAGCGCGUCGCCUGCGCCACUCCCGACCUCUGUAAGGCCAUCUGCGGCAGCCCCGGCGGCUGCUCGAACAUUGCCUACGCUGAGCUCGUCCUCAACCUCCUCCCUACAGGUCUCUCUGGGCUGAUGUUGGCGGUGAUGAUGGCGGCCCUCAUGUCGUCCCUCACCUCCAUAUUCAACUCGGCGUCCACCAUCUUCACCAUCGACGUGUGGACGCUGGUGAGGGCCAGGCUGGUCAAGAGGCUGCACCUGUCAGCCCAGCCCUCGGACGCCGAGCUGCUCAUCGCCGGCCGCCUCUUCGUCCUCGCCCUUGUCGCCGUCUCUGUUGUCUGGAUCCCCGUUAUUCAGAGCACGGGCAACUCGCAGCUGUUCGACUACGUGCAGAGCAUCUCCGCCUUCCUGGCCCCGCCCAUAUGCGCCGUCUACCUCCUCGCUCUCUUCUGGACAAGAACCAACGAGCCAGGUGCGUUCUGGGGCCUGAUGAUUGGACUGGCUAUUGGACUCCUGCGCUUCAUCCUGGAAUUCUCCAACGUCGUGCCUCCCUGCGGCUCAGAUGAACCAGACAUGAGGUCAGACUUCGUGAGGGUGGUGGUGGGCAGGGUUCACUACCUUCACUUCAGCUGCUUCCUCUUCCUCAUCACAAUAGGAGUCACCGUCGGCUUCUCACUCUUGACGGAGCCCAUCCCUGAGGACCGUCUGUACAGACUGACGUUCUGGUCCCGCCAAGACCCACGAGUGAGGCGCACCCUGGCGGCUCCCGGCGACCCCCACGACCCGGUGGCUGAGGAUGAGAUCAAGACCUCAGCUAAUGGCACCGAACAGAUGGACCUCGAAACUCCACACUCAGAGCUGCCGUUAUGGCGGCGGUGUCUGAACACAGCGUGCGGGGUCUCCAAGACCGCCGCUGUUCCUGAAAAUCCACUGAACCAGUUGACGGAAGAAGAGAAGGCUCAGGCUGCCGCUGACUUCCUCGACGAGCCGCCCUUCUGGAGGAAUGUGUUGAACGUAAACGCUGUGAUUUGCCUGGCCCUCACUACGUUCGUCUGGGGCUUCUUCGCCUAGCUGCCCACCUCCAGUGGCUUCGUCUGGGGCUUCCUGGCCUGGCUGCCCACCUCCAGUGGCUUCGUCUGGGGCUUCCUGGCCUGGCUGCCCACCUCCAGUGUCUUCGUCUGGGGCUUCCUGGCCUGGCUGCCCACCUCCAGUGUCUUCGUCUGGGGCUUCCUGGCCUGGCUGCCCACCUCCAGUGUCUUCGUCUGGGGCUUCCUGGCCUGGCUACCCACCUCCACUACCUUCGUCUGGGGCUUCCUGGCCUGGCUGCCCACCUCCACUACCUACAUCUGGGGCUUCCUGGCCUGGCUGCCCACCUCCACUACCUACAUCUGGGGCUUCCUGGGCCCCUCCAUUACCUACAUCAAAUUUUAGUCUGGUGUAUUUUAAUAAAUAUUUGUUAAUAUAUUGAGCUGUUUUAUGUUGUUAUAAUGUGAAUAUCACUGACUAUAAAUACUGGUAUGUGUAUUUGUGGAAAGCUGAGCUUCUGUGUAUGUCAGAGUUCGGCAAUGAUGGUUAUGCAUGAAUGCAUGUAUAGAGUAUAUGUAUUUAUCUAUGUCUGCAUAUGUAUUCUGCCAGUGGCACUUGUGGGGAGCGAGCUCCAGCUCCUGGGCUUCGCUUUUCAUUCACUUAUUGAUAAGACAAACUCUGCGAAUUUGUCGCGUGUGAAUAUGAGUUGGUGUGUGUGUGUUUGUGGAGCUUGUCCACGCUGCUUCCUCUCACUGUGUGUGUUCAACUCUGUCUCUCUCUCUCUCUGUUCCACUCCUCUCUCUGUCUGUCUGUCUGUCUCUCUCUCUCUCUCUCUCU